AUGAUGGCGAAGCUGGGGAUAUUGGUAGCGUUUAUCGUGUUUCUGGAGGCGGUCUCCGCGACCUCUCUCGGGGUGGUCUACACAGAGGGAGGUAUGGUGCAGGGCGAGAACAUCCGUCUCGGGUUCCGCCGUCACAUGGACGUCUUCAGGGGGAUUCCCUUUGCUGACAUCCCUGGAAGGUUUGAGAAACCAAAACGUCACCCGGGCUGGGACGGUGUUCUGAAGGCCACCGAGUACAGGAACAGAUGCAUGCAGGUGAACAUGAUCAUGACCGAUACCAGAGGCAGUGAGGACUGUCUUUACCUGAACAUCUGGGUUCCUCACGGCCGCUCAGUGUCCUCUAAUCUGCCCGCUAUGAUCUGGAUCUAUGGGGGAGGCUUCCUUGCCGGAGGCGCGAUGGGUGCCAACUUCCUGGACAACUAUCUGUACAGCGGGCAGGAGAUUGCAGACAGAGGAAAUGUUAUUGUGGUGACGUUGAAUUACCGUGUGGGCACCCUUGGCUUCCUGAGCACUGGAGAAUCUGACUUACCUGGAAACUACGGUCUGUGGGACCAGCAGGCGGCCAUCGCCUGGGUGCACAGGAACAUCCGCUCGUUCGGAGGAGACCCCGACAACAUCACCAUCUUCGGAGAGUCUGCAGGCGGAGCUAGUGUCAGCUUCCAGACUAUCACUCCCCACAACAAAGGGCUGUUCAAGAGAGCCAUCUCCCAGAGUGGCGUCGCCAUUUGCCCAUGGGCUAUCAACAAGAACCCCCGCAGGUUCAGUGAAGAGAUUGCUGUGACGGUCGGCUGCCCCACGGAUCAGACUAUGGCUUCCUGUUUGAAGAUGACUGAUCCUGCGCAGCUUACGCUGGCCGGCUCUCUCAGUUUGUCCAGCUCACCUGAUCACCCAAUUCUCCACAACUUGCUCCUGUCUCCUGUGAUCGAUGGCGACUUCCUGCCGGAUGAGCCUUCCAAAUUGUUCCACAAUGCUGCUGAGAUCGACUACAUUGCUGGAGUCAACGACAUGGACGGACAUCUCUUCACUGGCUUAGAUGUUCCUUCAAUCAACUCCCAACUGUUGGACACCCCUAUCGAUGACGUAAAGAGGCUCCUGGCUUCGUACACUAAGCAGGGCAAGGCUGCUGUGGACCACGGUUUCUCCACAUACACCUCAACCUGGGGCUCAAACCCCAACAGGGAGACCAUCAAGAAAACCGUUGUGGCAAUUGGAACGGACUACAUCUUCCUGGUUCCUACUCAGGCUGCCCUCUACCUUCAUGCUGCCAACGCCACAACCGGUCGUACCUACUCCUACCUAUUCUCUGAGCCCAACCGUAUGGGCGGCCUUGCCCUGCCGUACCCCAGCUGGAUGGGAGCCGACCACGCCGAUGACCUGCAGUACGUGUUUGGAAAGCCUUUCACUACACCGCUGGCGUACUGGCCUCGCCACCGUGACGUCUCUGGCUACUUCAUCGCCUACUGGACCAACUUUGCCAGAACUGGGGACCCCAACAUAGGAGAGUCGGGAGUGCCCGCUGCCUGGCCUAAAUUCACCAGGGAUGGACACCAGUUCCUGGAGAUCAACUCUAACAUGAACAAGAACUAUGUGCAACAAAAGAUGAGAUUGCGUUAUGUGCAUUUCUGGACCAGCGUCCUACCCAACCUUUCCAUGACCAUGUUAGAAUAA